GCGCCAGCAGAGUGCACUUGGCUUCACGCGGUAUAUAGAAGCAACGGACUCUCAGCACCAGACCAGUGCGCUUCAGACCUACUACAUGAACAGGACGCAGUGUGAACUCUGUCUCUACUCUUCCCAUGUCGGACCUUCUGUGAACUUCUGUCCCUGAAUCAUUUACACUGUGCUGAAAUACCGGAGAGCUCCGAGGUUGGGUCGGAUUUUUGCGCAAACGCACGCGGAGAUGUUGAUAAAGUUGAUCGUGUUGUGGCUUUGCUGGAUCGGGGUGAGCGCAGAGUUUGAUGGAAGGUGGCCCAGGCAGAUGGCCUCAUCCAAUGGGCUUUGCCGCUAUGGCACUCACAUCGACUGUUGCUGGGGCUGGACACGUCGCUCUUGGGGGCAUUGCCAGCCUCUCUACGCCUUAACCAACAGGGCAUUCGGGAUAAGAUGCCAGGUCAAAGCUCUGUGUCAGCACGGAUGCAAGCACGGAGACUGUAUCGGACCCAACAAGUGCAAGUGUCACCCUGGUUUUACGGGAAAGACCUGCAACCAAGCUGAACAGCAGGACUAUGUAAACCCCCCAAUCUGGGACAGUCUCCCUCCUCUAUUUGUUCCCAUGGACCAUCCGGCAGUGGGGGUGCCUUCGGAGGAUCUGAACGAGUGUGGCCUGAAGCCUCGACCCUGUAAACACAGGUGCAUGAACACGUACGGCAGCUACAAGUGCUACUGCCUCAACGGCUACAUGCUUCAGCCUGACGGGACCUGCGGAAAUGCACGGACUUGCAGUAUGGCUAACUGCCAGUACGGCUGCGAGGUGAUGAAAGGGGAAGUUCGGUGCCAGUGUCCAUCUCCCGGCCUACAGCUCGCCCCAGAUGGCAGGACAUGCGUGGACGUGGACGAGUGCGCCACAGGCCGCGGCGUCUGCCCCCGCUUCCGCAAGUGCAUCAACACGUUCGGGAGUUACAUCUGCAAGUGUCAUGACGGCUUCGACCUACAGUAUAUCAACGGCAAAUACCAGUGUAUAGAUGUGGAUGAGUGCUCGACCGGACAGCACCAGUGUAGCACAUACUCCACCUGCUACAACACACCGGGCUCCUUCAAGUGCAAGUGCAAGGAUGGUUUCCGAGGGGGCACGGGUCACGAGUGCAAACCCAUCCCCAGAGUGAUCAUUGAGCCUCCCCUACCUGGGAACAACAACAGGAUUCCAGAUACAGAUCAGAAGAGGACCACUACCACGUCUCGACCACCGGUGACACCCAAGAGGAUCGGCCCGAGCACAGCAUCCUCCAAAACACCUUCACCACCAAAGAAAAUCAUCCCAACACCCAAAAAACCAACCAUCCCAACCCAUAAACCACCUAUGACCUCUCCCAGACCCCCCACCAUAGUUACUCAUAAGCCCCAUGUCAUCACUCACCAUCCCAUGACCACCACCUCCACCAAAGCCCCAGCUCCAUCACCAAGGGUACCAGUUGUACCCCCUCGCAGGACUCCUGUCCCUCCAGUUACUCCCUUGGACAACAACAUCCACAAAGACAACAAUGAAAAACAGAGAGGAGACGUCCACAUACCUCGGAAUAAUGGAGACAACAACGUUCUCGGUACUGAUUUAGAUAUUGAACUGGGUAACACUGAAGAAGAGCUAAAAGACGACCCAGAGGCUGGAUUUCUGAGCUGCUCCUUUGAUCGGGGUCUUUGUGACUGGAUCCAGCACAAAGAGGGAGACGUGCACUGGGAGACAGUACCAGACCCUUCAGGUGGAAAGUAUUUGACCAUCUCUGAUGCGGCGGGUAAGCGGAAUGGCCGCGGAGCUCAGCUGGUUCUUCCCCUGGCAUCUCCCUGGAACGAGGGUAACCUGUGUCUGGCUUUCCGGCACAAUCUGGCGGGUCACCACGUGGGCAUGCUGCAGGUGUUUGUGCAGAAAGGCCGACAGCACAGUCCAGCCGUAUGGGGUCGCACAGGAGGCAGCGGCUGGAGGACGACACAGAUCACACUGUGGGGCAAUGGCCUGGAGAGUGUGAUUGUGAAGGGUGAAAGGCGGAGAGGCCAUACUGGCGAAAUGGUCCUGGACGACAUUAGUCUGAAGAGAGGUGUCUGUCAGGAAGAACACAACUUGAGGAGGCUCUAACAAACACAAACAGAAAACCCUCUCGCCCGACGAUUCGCUUAAGAAAGAAAAGAGGGAUCUGCUUUUCCGUGGACUUCCCUCAAGAUUAUGAGUGUGAUUCCUACAGCAGACAAAAGCCCAAUGCCUCCAGUAGCUGGAUGAAAUUGUGAAUGGAAACAGUAGUUCCGAACACAGAAAAUGUGCCAAUUUCUUUUAUAAAUGUCAUACACUUCUGUAUGAUUUCCAACGAGACAAUAGGAAAAUGGACCCAGCUGUGCCACGGCCACAUGUUCGCUCUCGAGACUGCCUUUUUAAAGCCUUUUUAAACUAGCCCACGAGAGCAUCAUGUGCUUAAAAUCUAGCCGAGAGACAACGUAUUUCCAUUGUAUUAUUGUAAAUGUAUCCGUGUGUACAUAUAUAUAAAUAUAUAUAUAAAUAUAAUUAUAGAUAUAUUUGGAAAAGAUGCUUUGCUAGUGCAGAAUUACAGUAUGUGAAUUCUUCAACUUGUCUAAGUGAUGCAAGGCAAUGUUUACACGACCCGAUUUCAAGUGUUCUCUUGGCAUUAUGUAUACUGUAAUCUACCAGCCAGUCAAAUUGUUUUGCAUUAUAUUUUUAAGUGGCUGUAUCAGCCAUCAUGUAUUGGCAUAUGAUACACGUGUGUACCCUUUAAAUCUUACAGUAUGAUGAUGUCAGUAUUUAAAGAUUUAUGCCAAUAAAAGUUGUGAAUGUACACUUUA